AAUAACAUCAACACCAACAACACAACAACAUUAAUAACAAUAUUAUAUUAUAAAAUGUCAACAAACGAAGUAGUUAGGAUAUCAAAGACAUUGUCAUAUUUGCUUAGACAUGGUGCAGUCAAGGAGCAUUUAAAUAUCAAUAAGGAGGGCUUUAUAAAGGUGGAUGAUGUACUUGCUCAUAAACAACUCAGAGGUGUUACAAUAGACCAGCUACAACAUGUUGUAAAGACAAAUGAUAAGAAUCGAUUCCAUUUGGAAACUCUGCCAGAUGGUCUAUUAUACAUACGUGCCAAUCAAGGUCAUACAAUCAAGCAGGUGGAUGAUGUUGAAUUCAAGACUAUAACAUCAAUUGAUGAUGUACCAUCAGUGAUUCAUGGCACUUAUAGGAAGCAUCUGAUAUCAAUCAAAUCAAAGGGACUUAAUCGUAUGGAUAGGAAUCAUAUUCACUUUGCAACAGGUGAUCAUGGUGAUGUUGUGUCUGGUAUGCGUUCAAACUGUGAACUGGUGAUUAUAAUCGAUCUGCAACUGGCAUUGGACGAUGGUAUACCAUUCUACCUGUCAAAGAAUGGUGUCGUCCUGUGUCCAGGAAUCAAAACAGUGAAUGGUGAAGGAUACCUUCCACCAAAGUACUUCAAGUCAAUCACUGAU